AUGGCGGAAGGCAUCGACAGAAAGGCAGAGGAGCGGAUGGAGUUCUCUACCUCCAAAGAGGUCUCCGUUGCGCCGACCUUUGAGGCCAUGCACCUGAAGGAGAACCUUCUACGAGGCAUCUACGCGUACGGAUAUGAGUCGCCCUCCGCUGUUCAGUCUCGCGCCAUCGUCCAGAUUUGCAAGGGACGAGAUACCAUAGCUCAGGCGCAGUCCGGUACCGGCAAGACGGCCACCUUUUCCAUCAGCAUACUCCAGGUCAUUGACACCGCGGUGCGGGAGACGCAAGCACUCGUACUUUCUCCCACCCGCGAACUCGCAACUCAAAUCCAAUCCGUCAUCAUGGCACUCGGCGACUAUAUGAAUGUGCAGUGCCACGCCUGCAUCGGCGGGACCAACGUCGGCGAAGACAUCCGCAAACUCGACUACGGCCAGCACGUCGUAUCCGGCACCCCCGGCCGCGUCGCCGACAUGAUCCGGCGCCGCAACCUGCGCACCCGACACAUCAAGAUGCUAGUCCUCGACGAAGCCGACGAGCUCCUCAACCGCGGCUUCCGCGAGCAGAUUUACGACGUUUAUCGGUACCUCCCGCCCGCGACGCAGGUGGUUGUGGUGUCUGCUACUCUGCCCUACGAUGUUCUGGAUAUGACGACCAAGUUCAUGACGGACCCCGUGCGCAUCCUCGUCAAGCGAGACGAGCUGACUCUCGAAGGCUUGAAGCAGUACUUCAUCGCCAUCGAGAAGGAGGAGUGGAAGUUCGACACCCUCUGCGACCUCUACGACACGCUCACCAUCACGCAAGCCGUCAUCUUCUGCAACACGCGCCGCAAGGUCGAUUGGCUGACGGACAAGAUGCGUGAGGCCAACUUCACGGUCUCGAGCAUGCACGGCGAGAUGCCGCAGAAAGAGCGGGACAGUAUCAUGCAGGACUUCAGGCAGGGGAACAGCAGGGUGUUGAUCUCGACGGAUGUCUGGGCUAGGGGGAUUGAUGUGCAGCAGGUCAGCUUGGUGAUCAACUAUGAUUUGCCGAGCAACCGUGAGAACUACAUUCACAGGAUUGGUAGGAGUGGGAGGUUUGGACGGAAGGGCGUGGCGAUCAACUUCGUGACGAGCGAGGAUGUGAGGAUUUUGAGGGAUAUUGAGUUGUACUACUCGACUCAGAUCGAUGAGAUGCCUAUGAACGUGGCGGAUCUCUUGUCGUAA